AUGAUGACGGUUCUAAGAGAGAAGAAGAAGAAAGUAUAUAGUGGUGAUGAGAUAGUAAACACUGAAAGCUCCAGAGUUAAUCGAAGUCAUGAGCAUGCACUCGUCAACAGCGAUGAUGACGGUUCUAAGAGAGCUCAGGUAAAGAGAAGGCGUGUUGGUUCUGAUGUGGGAAAUACAUCACACAAACCUAGGAGGAAAAAGAUGAGCGAAUGGCUAGACUUCAAGAAACUGACAGGAGGGAUACUGCUCUCUAGGAACAAAGCCGGCUUGGUUUUAUACCGAGGAAGCAACUAUUUUUCACGAGAAGUAGCUGAGGCAUUGGUGGAACAAGAGAAAUUUGUAAGGAGCUUACAAGACAACGAAGAAGAGGCAUGUUUAAGAGAAGGAUUAUCGGCCCUGAUUGUCCCAAGUAACUGGGGAAUAAAUCUUAACGAUGGUCACGCAAAAGAAGUGAAACACGAGGUUAAGAAACUGAGGCAUAAGAAUCUUGUUAGGAAACUGGAAAAGAAAUUUGUUUUUGCUGAGAGAAAGCUAUUGAAAGCUGAACGUGAUUUAGCUAAGGUAGAAGAGUGUCUACAGCCAGCAGAGCAGAGAGCAGACUUAGAAAGCAUAACUGGUGAAGAGAGGUUUAUAUUUCGCAAGCGUGGAUCAAAUAUGAAAGUUUUUUUACUUAUAGGUAGGCAAGGAGUGUUUAAUGGCACGGUUGAGAACAUGCACUUGCACUGGAAAUACAGAGAGUUGGUCAAAACGUUCGUGAAGGCUAAAAACUUGGAGGGUUUGAAGAAUGUGGCAUUAUCACUUGAAUCCGAGAGUGGCGGUAUCUUGGUCUCUAUAGACAAGGUCUCUGCAGGAUAUGCCAGAUUUGUUUAUAGAGGAAAAGAGUAUAAGCGUUCACCAAUGUUGAGGCCGAAGAAUAUUUUGACCAACAGGAAGGCUUUAGCACGUUCCAUUAAACUCCAACACGAGGGAUUUAUAAAACAUACUUCAGCAAUGCAUGCAAGAGCAGAACAGCUGGGAGCUGAAACUGAAUUUAUGGAGAAAAUAGCAGACUUCAGGAGAGUGAAGAAGCUUCUGACCGUUUCUUCAUGGGAAACAUUGUUACCUUCAAGAGAGCAGAUGAGAACCAAGAUACUAUUAUUAGAAAAACAAUUAGAGGAAAUCGAGGGACGGAAGAUAAGUGUGUUUUCAUGGAUGUAUAUCUUGAGAAAUGCUCGAACUAAAGUAGACAGUGAGAGAGAAAAGCUCAGAGUCAUUGAGACUAAGAACUUUGCACAUGACUUAGAAUUUCAACUAAGAGCACUGGAAAAGAAAUAA